ACUUAGUUGGAGAAGUGUGCUAGCUGAUAAGCUAAAGACUUUAAGCAUUUUUUUUUGUUGUAAUUUUAUCUUUCAGACUAUCAGCACGCUACAUCUUGACAACGUUUUGCCACUCUCCCUUUUUAAAAAAUCACCCAACUUUAUCAGAUCCACAGACCUUUUUUAAUACAAAGAUAUCUGAAGAUUUUAGGUAUAAACUCAUGGUAAUUUUACACACUUUUUCAAAAAUGUUAGCUCCAUCUGAAGAAAAGGAACUCCAGAUCAUGGUUCUGCCUCCAAUAUGUUUUAUUGUAGCUGUUGUGUUCUUCUGAUAAUGUUCUUUGUUGUUGUUUUUAUUCAUCAAAUUUACCUUUUGAUAUUGUGGCUCAAACUUUAAUGCUGGUUUCAUUCGGCCAUCAGACGCUUUUAGAAACCUCUAGCAAGUUUGGCCGUGUUCUUUAGAAGUUUUGUUAUCAUUUUAGAGUCCGACUUGUGAGUUCAGACACAUGGAAAACGUUUCCACCUCCAGAGUAAAACCAGACUCGGAACUUGCAGGUUUUGGCUCUGAUUGAGAGAAAAAUCUAGUUUUUUUUCCCCCAUUCGUUCCCAUUGACGCAUUGCAACUAGAAAAUUAGAAAUGUUCUUUUCUUUUUAGAAAACUGACAAUAAUGACAACGAGCCGCAUGCCAGAGACAAGCCUACAGGCACAGCCAGAAAGACGCACACACACUCCAGUUAUUUGGGAUUUUCCGUGUUCAGCCAUCUGACUAACAAUCGGACUUUGGCGGUCCUGGAGAACACUCUUGCCUGAUAUUGAUUGGCCUGUCUGCGCUGAGACAGAUGAAUGCAUUAGUACCCAGCUCACCCUGCCACUGGAAAUAUAUUAAGUUCAUGUAUUAGGCACCCUGUCUGGUUGCCAUGGAGAUGCACCAGGAGCGAGGGAUCGGGGAGAAGAAGGAUGGGGGAGUGUAGGGAUGAGGAGGCGAGUGGGGGAUACAGGAUGCGAUGAGGCAGUUGAGUUGAUUUGUAGUCCUAUUCCCUCUUCGUUUAUUUCUGUCUGUCACUCGAGCGUCCGCUCUUACCUCCGUCCCCUCCUCUCCCUUUGUCUCAUGACUUCAGCUUCUUUUCGCUUGAAAAAAAAAACUGUCUGAACUUUAUCAGGAAAAAUAUUCAAUUUUCACCUCAUCAAUUAAUUUUGUUCCUCUUUUGUUCUUCAUUUCCCCCUUUUGACUGGCUCCCGACUCGCCAUCUGUCAAUUUCCACAGCUGCCUCGUUUACUGAAAAUUAAAUGAAAUUCUCAUUUUACUUGAAUUUUCUUGCCAAUCUUCCUUCUUGCUUUGUCCUGACACAUACCUAACCGCUUAACUCCCCUUUUAUCUGCCCCUCUCCCCCUCAUCUGCGCCACCUCCCUCCUCGGCUCACGCCAUCUCUGUGCUCUGCAGUAAAACUGGUGCAUUGAGGCAGCAGGAAAUGGGGAAUAGAGACAAUAGAAUGGAGGAAAUACAGGAGAUACUGUCUGCUCUCAGACCCAAACACAAACCCCGCGAGCUCAUAGACAUUCGGAUGUAUGUAAAAUUUGUCUUUAAAGCUCUCAAGUUGUUCUUGCAACCUGAAGAAUUAUGAUUUCUUCACAUGUUGUCACCGUGGAAGCUGGAUUUGAAGAAAAACAAAAAAUUUUGCUCAGUUUGGAGCUCCUGCUAAAAAUAUGCAUGGCUGUUUUGUGGCUCGCAAGUGUUAGUUUGCUGAUUUGCCCCUCUCUGAGCUGCUAUAUCUGCUUUAUCAAGCCGCAAGUCAGUGGUCGGCUGUGCACGGGCUACAUUGUGGAAGAGACUAACGUCAACAGCGUGGACGAAUGCUUCAGGAUGCUGGACCGCAUAUUCAAUACGAAUGAGACAGUGAUAGAGGCUGGAAGAGUGGCUGGAGGUUUAGAAGGCAAGCUGAAGGAGAUCCUAGAAGCAGAGAUCUUACCUAUAGCGAGAGAGUUUCAGGCAAAGUGGAUUAUGGACACUGUGUAUGAAAGCAGGUUGCAGAAAGCAGCAGACAAUUUCAUUGCAGCUGCCUCCAAACUGCCUAGAGAUACUCAGUGUAUACCUCCAUGUGGUUUUCAGAACAUAGAUGCUGCGUACAACUGCGACACCUGCCAGUACGACUCCUGCUUAUUCCCCCUCGACUGUCCAGUUGAAGAAACUGAAGUAAUGGAGGGUAGAGGAAUCGAAAUGCGCUGCGAUGUGCCAUUCGACCUGCCAAAUGAUAUCGAGGUGGUCUGGAGGUUUGCAGAGGAGUUCAAAACGCAGGAAACGGAGCAGUUUAAGGAGGUGACUGCAGGACCCGACAGGCUUUACUUCAUUUCAUCAACCAGCUCUCAGCAUACGGGCACCUACCAGUGUGAGAUUUUCUCAGGCACUCGAUCCAUUGUCAGGCUUUACUUCUACGUCACAGUGACGCCCCGGCCAGUGGCAGGCCACACAGCGCUGCAGGGGAUAUUUGACCUGUCUCUGCUCCCAAGAGGGCAGUUACUCACCGCGCCUGGUGCUGCUCCUCACUUCUCCCUCCACCUCCUCCUGUUUCUUCUCACCACCUGUUUAGCCUCUUCACUGCUGCUGCUGUUCGUCUCCCUGGGGUUCCUGUACUGGUUGUCGGUAUCGGAGGUAGACCAUCCUGUAGCAGAUUCGGAUGAAGAAGAUUAUUUUGGUGUUUCAAUGUUAGCGAUAUGAAAAGGAGCGGCUUGUAUUAAAAACGUACAUAAAGUACUGGAUAUUCUCUGAAGCAUUAUGUCAUACUUGGAUGUAGACGUGUGUGUAACUCUUCUCACCACUAGAGGUCAGGAUACACAUUUUUAUUAGAAUAAUUGACAGUGGCUUUCUGUAUGCGUAAAGCAUUAAGACGAGCUGUUUUAAUUGAAGUGCAACAAAUUUUAGUGUUCAACAUGAGAUGUGACUUUGUGAAAGUACAGCUCAGUUUAUGCAUAUUUAAAUCUACUUUUUAAAUUCCUAUGCCAUCUAAUAACUACAAUCAGAAACAGUUUCUUUAAAUAUAAUUAAAACAUCAACAAAAUGGUAGAUUUACCUUUUUUUAAUAUCUGGAUUAAAUCUUAAUCUUUUUUUGCUCUCCUGUCACGUGCAGUGACAAAAUCUGAGGUCACGAUUUUCCAUUGAUUACGUCUUUUAUGGCCUUGUUUAUUUUUGUUCAUUUAACUUUCCCCCUAUUUUGAUAUAUUCCAACUAUAAUAAGCUUUAGUGAAAUGCAUGUGAAGGAAAAUAAUAUAUUUUUCUAUAUCAAAGAUAGUUCGUCUCGUCAGAGUUGAUAGGAAAAUGUAUGGGGUCCGGGAAACGGCAUGUUAAAGCUACUAAUGAUAUGAGACUAAAUCAGUGGAAGAUUUGCCUUCCAGCAAUUAAAAAAACCACUAAAUAUACAGCCUAAGAUAUAGUGGAGUGGUUUAAAUCAGAGCAGCAUGUUUGUGGGUUGGAACGGCCUUGAUGUUUGCAGACAUUUCUAAUCUGAUUUGAUUGAGCCGAAGUUGUUUUGCAGAGAAGAAUAGAGAAAACCUUCAGUCUCUCAAUGAGGACAACUGGUAGACAUGUCCCAAAAGACUUUCAGCUGCAGUUCCAGUGAAAGGUGUCUCUAAAAGGUAUUCACCAAGUAGGUGAAUACACAGGCUGAAUACAAAUAGAUGCUGCAAUUUUAAGAUAGUUAUUUGUAA